AAUUAGUUCAUACACACUCCAUCUCUAUUGAUUACUUUACUAAGUACCGCCGUCGUUUAAGUACCUACUACUUCGAUCUACUAGUCUCCAUCACUCAAGAUUGAUCUAUAUAUGGAUAUGGAUAUAGUUGGGAAUUAUUAUUCUGGGAAUUUUCUAAGUGCUGUCGCUGCGGCGUCGAGUUUUUGGUCGCCGGAAAUGGGUGGAGCAGUGUCUUCGCCGCUGUCGUCUUCUGAUACUGGAAGUUGCAGCAGCGCUGCUAUGAAAGCGAAUUUCUCGGAUGAAGAGGUGCUGUUGGCUUCUAAUAAUCCGAAGAAACGCGCUGGGAGGAAGAAGUUCCGGGAGACUCGACACCCGGUGUACCGGGGAGUGAGGAGGAGGAACUCCGGGAAGUGGGUGUGUGAGGUGAGGGAGCCCAACAAGAAGUCCAGGAUAUGGCUGGGAACUUUCCCCACGGCUGAAAUGGCGGCUAGAGCUCAUGACGUGGCCGCCAUCGCUCUCAGAGGCCGCUCCGCUUGUCUCAACUUCGCCGACUCGGCUUGGAGACUUCCCAUCCCGGCGUCCGCCGACCCAAAGGACAUCCAGAAAGCUGCUGCGGAGGCGGCGGAGGCAUUCCGUCCGGUGGCAGCAGCAAACCAAAACGAACGGAUUAUUAUUGUAGAAGCUGAAGAAGAAGAAGAAGAAGAGUGCAACAGUAGUAGGCAAGAGGAACAAGUGACGACCACCACCGAAAACGUGUUCUUCAUGGACGAGGAUGCGCUUUUCGAUAUGCCCGGAUUGCUUGCUGACAUGGCUGAAGCCCUGAUGCUACCUCCACCUCAAUGCGCAGUAGUGGACCGUACCAAUGACGUGGAGCUUGAUGCUGACGUGUCACUCUGGUCUUACUCCAUUUAAAAUGCAAAAUUAGGAUGUAUGUGAGUUGAAUGUCGUCCAUUGUCCACUCCACCUACUAGUCUCUAGACUCUAGUUAUAUGAACAGGAGGGAUGCCUGCCUUUCAACAAAAGAAAAGCGUCCAUUCCUAUUCUAUUCUAUGUAGGAUUAGCUACUACCCGUACUUCAUUUUUUGAGGUUGUACGGCUUCAUUGUAAAAUAUCCGAUACCAAGGCUUGAAUGAAUUACAUCCAAACUCUUUCCUCAA